AUGUCAGUGCGACUGGAAGUAGCACUCCUGAGCGGCAGGAGGGCAAGUGUCGAGUUGGAGCCCACCUCCACCCUUGAUGAGGUGGCCCAGCGGGCGCAGGCCUUGCUGUCUGUGGGCCGAUGCCGCCUGGCGAAGUCUUCUGGAGAGAUCCUACCGGGAGCUGCGUCUGUUGAGCAAGUGGGCCUGCAGACUGGAGAUUCCCUAACCGUGCACGUGAGGGAGGUGCAGGUGGCCGCUGCCCGUUGGAAGUGCGAUGCCUCAGCAUUCGCGGCAAUCCGGGGCGACGCUUCGGUGUUAGCCUGGGGAGACCCAGACAUUGGAGGUGACAUCGCCGAGGUCCAAGACAGGCUCGUAAACGUGCAUCAAAUUCAGGCGUCGCUGUUUGCAUUUGCUGCAAUCCUCGGUGAUGGAGGUGUCGUGACAUGGGGAGGCCAGGACUGUGGUGGAAACAGCGAGGCCGUUCAGGACCAGCUGAAGGAUGUCCGCGAAAUCCAGGCUGGCACAGAGGUGUUUGCCGCGAUCCGCGCCGAUGGGAGUGUUGUGACCUGGGGAAAUCCGGAUUUCGGAAGUGACAGCAGCGCGGUGCAGGAGCAGCUCCAGAAAGUUGAGAAAAUCCAAGCCACCAAGUAUGCCUUCGCGGCCAUCGUAGAAGAUGGAUCGGUUGUUACGUGGGGGCAUCCGGAAUAUGGUGGAGACAGCGCUUCGGUCCAAGACCAGCUCAAACAUGUGAGGUGUAUCCAGGCCUCUGAUGAGGCCUUUGCUGCAAUUCUGGCGGACGGGUCAGCAGUAGCCUGGGGGAACCCAGAAUUCGGCGGCGACAGCAGCGCGGUCCGUGACAAGCUGCGGAAUGUGAGUCACAUCCAGGCUUCGAGGCAGUCGUUCGCUGCCAUCCUGGCUGAUGGGUCGGUUGUUUCUUGGCCCCAAGAUGAACCAGGUGGGGACAGCAGCAGCGUGCAAGAGCAGCUGCGAGACGUUCAGGCAAUCCAAGCCUCGGAUGAGGCCUUUGCAGCAGUGCUCGCAGAUGGCGGAGUUGUGACUUGGGGGAGUCCGGAAGCCGGUGGGGACAGCAGUGCCGUACAGCCACAGCUGAGGGGCGUGCAGAAGAUCCAGGCGACUUCGCAGGCCUUCGCAGCGAUCCUUCGGGAUGGAUCCGUCGUCACAUGGGGUGAUCCUGCUUGUGGCGGUGACAGCAGCAGUGUCCAAGACCGGCUUCACGACGUGCAGCACAUUCAGGCCUCCAACACUGCCUUCGCGGCGCUCCUGGGUGAUGGCUCGGCUGUUUGCUGGGGCGACGCCCGGAAAGGUGGGGCUUCUGCGCAUGACUUGAAGGACCUUCGUGCUCUCCAGGCGUGUGAGCAAGCCAUGGCCGGAAUUCUCCAGGAUGGCUCUCUCAUCGCUUGGGGGGAGCAGCGUUUCGGUGGCCACAUUGGGGCCGUCGAUCCGGCCUUGUACCAUCGGCCGACACUUCCCACUGAAGAAGCCGCAGCCUAA